UUGCUUCCCCCGUGCAAUCUAGAACCUGCACUGCGUUCUGACCACAAAGGAGGCAAAUCACUGCGCCAAUACUGAAGUCUUAGGUUUUGAUUCCUUUUUCUUUUUACUUCAGCGAGUCUUAAGAGAGCUAGACACUAACAAGAGGAACUUAAAGGAUACGGGAAUUAGAGGAUUUUACCUUUGCUGCUGAAGCACCUGACAUUUUUGAGGUUUUUUUUCCCCAGCAGGCUUGAUUCCCACUUUGUUUUCCGCUCCUUUACCGCAGAAAUGAAGUAUUUCAGCCAGUGUGCCGUUAUGAAGAAUACACAGUACAACCGCUGCAUCCCAGUCGAUGGCAGCAUUACGACUUGUAAGCGUACUGCUGUCUCACUCAAGCCACCCCGAUCUGUACACUUUCCCAAUGACAUCGUCUUCCAAGAUCACAUUCGGGAGGGAGACCUGGAGCAAGUAGGCCGCUUCAUCAGGACUAAAAAAAUCUGCUUGGGAACCAUUUUCCAGACAGGCAUGUGCGCCCUCCACGAAGCCGUCCUCUCAGGCAAUCUGGAAUGUGUGAAGCUGCUGGUGAAAUAUGGGGCGGACAUCCAGCAGGAGGACGAGGAAGGCUGGACGCCCUUGCACAUGGCCUGCAGCGACAGCUAUCCGCACAUUGCCAAAUACCUGCUGUCUCUUGGUGCUGAUGCCAACGCUGCGAACAAAUGUGGGGAGAAGCCAGUGGACCUCAUAGAUCCCGACUGCAAGGAGCUGCUCAAGCUGUUCAAGGUGGGCUGUGACUGACCCAGAGGAAUGUUUUCACUGAAACUCAAGUGCGCCCUCUUCCACGCCUACGCUGACGGUAACAGAACGAAUCGGCAAGGUCAGCCGGAUGUCCUGAUUUCCAGUCACAUCUCUGGAGCGGGAGGACAGGUCUGGCCCAGUGAAAGGAGUCAAAUAGCUGCAUUCAGACACUUUGUGGGAACUGGAAAGUGCUGAGACUGGCCAACAUUUCUGAUCUCAGCUGGCAGACAAGUUCAAUGAAGAAGCAUUUUACUGCACUGAAUACAAGCACACUGUUUCGCAGAACUGAAAAUGAUACUUUUGUUACGUUUUGUCUUAUAUUUUUAUUUUUGCAUUUAUGUUUUAUUACAUUGUUCUUCUCUUUUACACAUGAACGAGACAGUGUUGCAUCUGAACAUUACAGCAAGAUUCCUAAAAUAGUGUAUUAAAAGUGCUUUUCUCUGAAUGUUAAUUCGACCUCAAACUAAGUGCGUUCUUUAUCUUGAGAUUACGUUUAACAUUUUUAUAUCAGUUUCCCAUCUCCAAAAGUAAAAGACAAUUUAACUUAAUCUUAGAAUGAAAAAUGUUAAAGGGAACACACACACGCACACACACACACGUACAGUAUAUAUGGACUGACAUCAUACUGUAUGUCAUAUUGUGUUUAUUGUUUAUAACAAAAGGCACACGGCAUUUAUGUAACCUGUUUAUUCUCCUGUAGAAAAUAGUGAAAGUUGUGAAUAUUUGAAAACAGUGAACUCUGAUUUGCACUUAAAACACGUUCACAACACCGUGGAAUGAAUGUUUUGCUGCUCUUUGCACAAAGAUCUUUUCAAGCUGAAGCUAUGUAACUGCUUUUACAUAUUAUGUCUUUUUAUUAGUGUUAAAUGGUAACAUUCUUACUAGAAAACUGUACGUUAUUCUUUACUAUUAACAUUGUUUUUAUAUACACAUCAAUUUAACAAUAAAAUUCUUUUUGUAAAACUUUA